AUGGACCUCACCGUGCUGACGCUCAACCUUUGGUUCGAUCUGAAGCUGCAGGAGGCUCGCACGCGUGCACUUCUUGAGGUGAUACGUUCCCUUUCGCCUUCUCUUUGCUGCUUCCAGGAAGUCGUGCCCCAGGUCGCCCGGCAACUGCGGGAGGCCUUGCCUGGAUGGCAGUGCUCUGACUCCACCCCCGACAACGCGACGGUACAGCCGUACGGGGUCAUGGCUUUUGUCCAGCCGGGAAUAAGCGCUGAGUUCGAGUUGCACCCACUGCCCACUGCCAUGUCUCGCUCGCUAUUGCUGGUAAAGGUACCAGGGCUCACCGUCGGGACUGUACACCUUGAGUCCUUGGCGAAUCCUCGCAUGCGGGAGGAGCAGCUUCGCCAGUGUGCCAGCAUCUUGGCGCCCUGCUCCAACGUGAUGUUGGUUGGCGACUUCAACUUCGAUUCAGAACGAAACUUCAAGGCUCCGCAUGAGCCGUUGGAAAAUGCUGCACUGGGCCUCCUCCAGGACUUCAUAGAUCUCUGGCCGACUCUACGACCAGGGGAGCCCGGCAAAACCUUCGAUUCUAGACUGAACCCCUACAUUGGGGAGUACGAGCAGAUGCGCUACGAUCGUGUCAUGGUGAAGCUGGAAGCUUGGACAGCCACGCAGAUCCGCCUUGUGGGCGAUGAGCCGUUGAACCACUUGGUUAAACUCACGCCCAUGGAGGAGGACUGGCUCCAGCGACCCCCGACUCCAAAGCGGCCACAGCCAGGAUGCCGAAAGAGUAUCGACUUCGAACUGGAUGUCACGCCAACGGCAGAAGAGACAUCUUCCAGUUCAGGGCGUCUUUUCUUGAGUGACCAUUUCGGCCUGCUCACAACUUUGCAAUCCAAAGCGGGUAGCAAAACGUUACGGGCUUUCCUCGCCUGCUUGCUUGCGGUGCGGCUUUGGCAUCGCGUUGUCUGCGAAGCUCGCGGAGGACUUAGAAUGCAAGCUGCGAUGCUGAAACGCUCCGCGACAAGCCAGGCUGCUCAACAAGUUCUUGCUGUUCUGCUGCAAUGGGCUCGCUUGGUUGCAGAAUCGCGAAAGCGUGCGCGACGCAGAGAUUUGGCGCACUGCCAGCUGAGACUUCAGCGCAAUGGCUUUCUAAGCUUCCUUGUGCACGCUUGGGCACGCGUGGUGGACAGAGAGGUCUUGGCAAACUGGGCCCGUGCCUGCGACAGGAGCUUGGCCGCGGCUGCCUCUGCCUCGGAGUUCUACGCGCACAAGCGCCGCACACUUCUCAUUGCUGCGAUCUGGUCCGGCUGGUGUUUCCAUGUCUCUGAGAUGCGCGCCAGAUGCAAGUUGCUCCGGAUCUCCCAGAGCGCCCGGAAUGCGGAACGCAUUCAGCUGCAGAUGAUCCUCUGGAAGCACUGGGCCACUUCAGCGCUGCAGGCCCGGCAGCGAUGCGAGGAGGCCAGGCAUCUCAGCCAAAGAAAAGAGCUGGAGACUGCGAACCGGCGCGCGUUUUUGCUGUCAUCUGGCUUUUGGCACUGGCGGCUGCGUGCGCAGAGAUUGGGACUGGUCGUUAGAGUGCAGUGGGUGCAAUCGCAGGCAUCUGGCCAGGCAAAGGCCGGGCCGGAGAGUCAGAUGUUUUGGAUUGUGACCCUGAGCAAGCCUUGCGCCACUCCCUCGCGCAAGGACGGUCUCCGGUCUGAUGGAUGUCAGUUCAUGCAAACUUACGAUCAUUUCUUUGCGUUUCCAGGACACCUUGUCAAGCGAAGUGCUGCAAGGCAGAAGGGUAGCAAUCCUUUCCAUGCUUUUGUCGAUGGCUUCGUGUUGCGAGAUGGCAGGAUCAAGGUCUGCAUGAAGGCUAGGCAGCCCAGUUUUAUGCGCCACUUUUACAUCUCGCUGACAUGUGCUUGGACAGUCACUUGUGCAGCGUACAAUGCAUGUGUGAAGAGCUACUUGGAAAACUCGGGCUUCGGUGGCACCGGAUCCCGGGUGAAGCUGCAGCUGGGCGAAUACUAUAGCCGCCCGUUUUACCAGAUUGAAGAGAUCUUCCUAGCAGCCGUGCAUGCCUUGGAACAGUGUCGAGCGAUAGGGGGGAUGCUUUGGUCUGUCGAAUUCCCGACGAACACAUCGGGCACCAAUUCUCGGGCGAAAUGGGAGAAAGCCACAUACUUGCGGCCGAUGAGCAUUGGUUUUUGUGCGCCGAGAAUCUGCAAGACGCGGCAGAUGCCACCACUGGUGGAGGACUACAUCUCCAAUUUCGUGGGUUUCCAAGCAGAGAUACCUCCACACCGAAUGCGUUUUGUAGAACUUACGAGUUGGGAAGAGUUCAACAUUCAGUUUGCAGUUGUUGGCCUCGACCACUGUGGGACAACUUCCGCGCGCAUGAACUUGGGUUUGCAUCCAAAGGUGGAAUUCUCCACAUCACAGGUUCCAAUGCUUCUCGAAGACACGUUCUUCACCUGGGCAAUCGCAUGGCAUCUACUUCCACCAAAGCAUCUUCAAAAGCAUUGGCUGGAAUUUAACAAUGCACGACGACAAAGUUUAUCUUCAGUGCUUGGACUCCACAAUGCUGUGUUGUGGAAGCAUUCCAUCGCUCGCCUGGCCGUACACCAGAUGAAUGCUCGACCCGUGCUGAUUGUGUGUUCACCGGCUCGCCGCCUUGCAUCCACAGUGAUGCUCCACCACUCCAGGACUGCAGAAACCGUGACAGUGGAUGACCUGAUCCGGUGGGCCGACGUGGAUUCAAUACCCCAUCUGAGGGAUUGGCGUCGCCUGUUUGGUGAGCGGCUGGUCGUCAUCCAUCAAGACCAACUGAUGGAAAGACAAACCUAUGACAUGGUCUCUGCUCUUCUUGGGCUGGGUCCACUGCCAGCAGGCGCACCGCUGAGCCGCUUCCACGUCAGCGGCCACCACUGGAAGAGCAGCCUGUGUCAAAGCAAAGACCACGCCUCGCUCCGUCAGCUGAAUCGUACUCUCCGGCCCUGGAUGAUUGCCAACCAGCAACUCUUGCAGCAAUCAAAUCAAGACACGCCAUCUUCCAUUUGGCAGGUGCAAGGACAUUGCUUUGACAGGCCAGCUUCACUUUUGAAAGUCUCGACCGGGAUACUUCUGAAUCGACCGCUUGUGACCCAAAGCAUGCGUGCUGUGGUUGCCGCUCGCCUUGGCCAUGCGCUUGCGCAGUGCACCCGCCAUGUUGGAAUGCGAAGCCAGGCAGCCAGAUUCGGCAGCCGCGCCCAGGAACUGGCCAGACGACACUGCCAGAGGAGAACAUUGAGUGCUUGGCGGUCAGCAGCGGAACGUACGGCUCGGGCACGCCUUUGUUCCAGGGCGCUGGAUGUCAGCCUCCAGCGAUUUGGCAGUGCUACAGUUUGCCCAGGGCAUGAUCGGCUCGUAGGACGCAGCUGCCCAGCCGUGUUCACAGCGCGUGCCAACGAGGCUCUUUUGUUUCACAGCUGGUGUCUUGUCUGA